CCUUCCCUCGGUUCAGUCUGAGACUCGGCUCAGUCUGAGACUCGGUUCAGUCUGAGACUCGGCUCAGUCUGAGACUCCUUCCCUCGGUUCAGUCUGGUCUCUGCUGCUGCUGCUUGGCUUUGUUGUCCAGACGAGACGAGAGGUUCCUCCGCUCACAGGACCCGCACCGCUCUCCGCACACACCGCUUCUCUCCGCAGUUUAACCCAACAAAAACAUCCAGCAUCAUGGGGCAAGGCUGCCUGAAAGUGACCAAGUACUUCCUGUUCCUCUUCAACCUCAUCUUCUUUCUGUGCGGGGGCGUCAUCAUGGGCUUCGGACUGUGGCUCCUGCUGGACAAUCAGAGCUUCAUCGUCGUCCUGAGUAACUCCACAGCUGUAAAGGCUGCCUGCUACAUCCUGAUUGGAGUCGGGGCUUUCUCCAUGCUCAUGGGCUUCCUCGGCUGCUUGGGCGCCAUCUAUGAGAUCCGCUGUCUGCUCGGCCUGUACUUCAGCUGCCUCCUGCUGAUCCUCCUCGCUCAGGUAGCAGCCGGCGCGCUCAUCUUCUUCCAGAAGGAUGUGCUGAACGAAGAGAUGUCCAAGAUCGUCAGCAAAGUGCUGGACGACUACCCCGGCAGCAACUCGACCACGGAGCAGGCCUGGGACUUCAUCCAGAGGAAUAUGGAGUGCUGUGGCUGGACCGGUCGUCAGGACUGGAGCGGUAACCAGGUGAUCGUCAACAGCUCCCAGCUGCUGUUUCCCUGCUCCUGCCAGAACGUCUCGCUGGCCUCGGGGAACUUCUCCGACAGCGGAUUCUGCGAGGCUCAGACGCCCGACUGGCCCGGUUGUGCUGCCAGCGUGGAGAGCUGGCUCGUCACCAACAUCGGGGUCGUCCUGGGCGUCUGCCUCGGCGUGGCUCUGAUUGAGCUGCUGGGGAUGGUCCUGUCCAUCUGCAUGUGCAAAAACAUUCACACGGAGGAAUACACCAAAGUGCCGAAGUACCAAUGAAGAAGUGGAGGAAGUUAACGCUUUGAACGGAACACAGACGCAAGAACGACAACGAGAGGAAACAGUAAAAUAAUGCAUUUUGGGUUGUUUUUUUAUCCUGUAUUCGGUGAAACGUUUUGUCCAAAUGUAAAAUAAUGUCUUUGCUUUGUAUUUUUUAUUUUUAUUUUUUUUUUGGGAUUCUUCUUCUUUUGAGGAACUUCUCUCUCGGUUUUUGUCAGUCCAGGUUUUUCUUUGGAGCACUUUAGAUAUUAUUUUGGAUCAGAGAGCGAUGCUGAAAAUGUUUAUUUUUUAUUUUUUAUUACAUUUAUGUUGUAGAAAUGAUGGCUGAGGCUGCCCGUGUGUGUCGCUGGUUUCUCUGCAAGUUAUCGCCUCGUGGUUUCAGUUUUCCCUAAAAAUAAUCUGAAUAGGAAGAAAGUGUUUAUUUUCGGUGAGGAAGGAGGCAAAAGCUAACGUUUACGCGACGUACCUGAUUUGGACAACUGGAAAAAUCCACCUCGUGUUUGUGUGGUGUGUUUUUGAUUUUGUUUUGUUUUUAUACACCAGCAUUUUGAGUUAUUGUGAAAAGUUUGUAGUACUUUGUACAUAAUUUCUGUGAAUUUGUAUCCACAAAAGUCUGCCAGUGUUUUCUUUAGCAGCUGGUUUUUAAGUCGGUUGUUUUCUUUCCUUUUAUUUCUUUUUGAAUAUUUCUUGGAAAUAAUAGAAAUAAUGAAAAUAAUACUAAAGAGGAACAUUUAUGAUACUUGUUUUCCAAAAGUAUCACUCCAAGUUUACAAUUGUCUUCGACGAAAAAAAGUGAAAACACGACUUUUAAGUUCAUAUUUUAGCCACUUUAAUGUAAAAAAAAAAAACAAGCAUGGUGUUCUAGGAGUGAAAGGUUUCUUUUAACCACUUUUUGAAAUAUGUGAACUUGAAAUAUGAGGAAAGGGGGAAAUAAUUUUGGCGUAGAAAAAAUAUUUUUUGGGAGAUUCAUCUUGGAAAUUUCUUUAUACAGAAACAUUUAAAAUUCAUUUUAUGUACAAUUGUUUUUUUUGUAACUUUCAGCCAAGAUGUGUUUUUAUAAUGUACAAAUCCACCAUCUCGUUUUCCUUUUUUUUUAUGUACAGUCUAUAUGAAAAGCAUCUCAUUAACAGUUAUAUUAAUAAUUUCUAAGACGGAAAGUAUGUUUGUAACUAGAUUACAAAGUGUGUACUCACAACAUUCGGUCUUUUCUUUUUGCCAAUAAACUUAUUACAGGA